UUUGCGCACGCGUGUCCUUCUUUCUUCCUUUCCGACGCUCGAGCGAAAGAGACAAGAUGGGCCACCAGCAGCUCUAUUGGAGUCACCCCAGAAAAUUCGGACAGGGAUCCCGAUCCUGCCGAGUAUGCUCGAACAGACACGGUCUGAUCCGUAAAUACGGACUCAACAUGUGCCGCCAGUGCUUCAGGCAGUACGCUAAAGACAUCGGUUUUGUCAAGCUGGACUAAAUGUCCUAUGCCGACUUGUCCUCAUUGGGUCCAUGUGAUCUUUGGAAGGCUGGCCAAGAUGGGAUAAUUUAGCACUGCAAAUAAAUGUGUUCUUUUUGUCCAA